AGUAUUGAAUUAAUAUUCUAUUAUUUUGGAAGCCAAAGCUUUUGCUCUUCUAUCAGAGACAGAGAUUAGAAGAAACAGAAACCAAGUGUGUUCAAGCACGAUGAGGUGAUAUCUCUUGAGACAGCAUUAUGAAGUGAAACCGUCACGCUCAAGAUGCAAGCAAUCCUCCUCCUGAACACUUUUUUUUUUAAUCCCUUUUACUUUCAUUGAUGAUUCUUCCUUGAGGAAAAAAUGAUUCUCAUCUGCAUCUUUCAAGAAGCACCUCAAAACGAUUCAGUUCGUCAUUCAUCCGCUUCCUCUGGUCACCUAAACCAAACAAGAACACAACGGUUCUUCCAAGAGAAACGUAAGCAACAACCUCCACCAUUUGCAAGUUCUUGAUUCGCAAGUGUAACUCCCCAUCUCUUAAGCUACAAGAGUCAACUACCAAACUACACAGCACAAGAUUCCAAGUCCCAAAGUUGUUGCAGAUUUUUUUGCUGAUUGCUCCGUCAAUUAAGAAAAUGAGAGACAUGUUUUAAAACUUUCUGAUCACAAUACCGUUGGAUACGAGAAACCAACCAGCCAUGUCGUGAGCUUUUUCAAGUCUCAAAAUUUCCAAUAAAAAUAUAUACAAUUUUAAGUUUUGUUAACGAGAGAGAUUUUUCUAUUUCUUCUUCUCUUGUAUUUCUAUUCUUCCUGUUAUGCUUUUAUGUAAACAUACCUCUCUGCUCAUGACAUCAUGACUUGCUUCCCAAGCUACAUUGCUCCUCCUCUUUCCAUUUUUCAUUUCAGUAUUAAUAGAUCAUUUAGCAAAAAUAUGGACGAUUUCGCCUUUUUUUAAACGGAAUAUUUCUGAUUUCUUUGGAGUUCCUAUUUUUCUUGUAUUUCCUUUCUUCUCAAGUUAAUCCGGGUAUAUAUAUAUAUAUAUAUAUAUAUAUAUAUAUAUAUAUAUAUAUAUGUUUCUGUCUAACAGACAAAAAAAAACUACACAAGUAUUCUUCUUUCUUUUACUUUCAAUAGCUAUCUCUAGUUUUUUCUUUAAAAAAACAUCAAUAUGAUCAUUGAUGCUUUAUAUCCUAUUGAUACUGUCGAACCCAUCCAUCCUGCUAUGAUUAUAACAAAACAACUGACAAACACUGAUUAUGUACAAAAUAUGGUAUUACCGAGAGAACAAAUUGAGUCAGUUCUCGCGGUGAUGGAUGGUGUUACAGAUGAGGGUUUAAGAAACGGUAAGGAAGUGGAUGUUUAUGAUGCAACGGAAGAAGACGAAUACAAAGUCACCAUAAAGCGUUUUAACGACGACACCAAAUAUGUUUUUGGAAAAGGUUGGAGUACAAUGAAGUAUUCUUUGGAUCUCGAAGAAGGCCAAGAACUGAAGCUCUACUAGCAUCGUGGUUACAAAAGUUUCAUUGUUCUCAAUUUUCAGUACACUCUUCUAAUGAUUUAAGUGUAGCGCACAUGCGUCUACCUCUUCGGUUUUUCUUAUUAAUUAAUAGCUCUAGUUAAUUAUGUUUUUGGAUUUCAUUCGUAAUGGCUCUAAUUAAUUAUUAUAUUUUAGAUUUCAUUCAUAUUUUCCUAGUUAAGUGUUAUUUUCCCUAAUUUUUAAUAAAUUUAAUUGAAAUAUCUUGAAUUUCAAAAAACAUACCUGCGCAAGGUUAAUGAAAAUCAUCACAUAUACAAAAAGGAACGUUGCUCCACUCGAUUCCCCCUCCCCCUCCCCAUCACGGACCCCCAUCACCAAUAUUCCCAAAUCUAUGUUGUAUAUUUUGUAAAAGAUUUGUUCACCAUUAUCAUUUUUUUUAAACAAAAAAAAAUCAAUCAAAUUUAUAACUCAACUUCUAAAACAAUGGAUUUUGAUUGAUGUAGAUUUAUGUUUUGAGUUAGCAAAUUUAUAAAAGGCCUAAGUCAAAAUUAUAAUUCAAGCACAACACAUCUUAAA